AGAUCCCAAAGCAAAGACAAUCUUUAUUAUCCACAAGAACAGAACAAUAUCAAAUAGCCAACUCCAUCCCCAAGCAUGGUCCUUGCUAUUGGUAUUUGCUUAACCAGUCUUUAAUUCCUGUUUGACAAACUUUAUAAGGUGCUACAAGGCAGAUGAUUUUUCACAAUCUACCAUAAUGUGGAACAAACAUUUUGUCUUUUAUCUCCUGCUUUUGCCAGCUUUUAUGAGUCAAACAACAUAUGGACAAAGAAAGAAAGGAUUGAAGUCCAAUUUACUUGCAAGGAAAAAUGAUCUCCGGGACUCCACUUGCUUCAUAGAUGUUGUCUUCAUUGUGGACAGCUCUGAAAGUUCUAAACUUGUUCUCUUUGAUAAACAGAAAGAUUUUGUGCAUAGCUUGAGUGACAGAGUUUUCCAGUUGACCUCGGUUUACUCCUUGAAAUAUGACAUCAAACUGGCAGCCCUUCAGUUUAGCAGCUCUGUCCAAAUUGAUCCACCUUUUUCUUCCUGGAAGGAUCUGCAGACUUUUAAACAGAGAGUCAAGUCUAUGAAUUUCAUUGGGCAAGGUACCUUUUCUUAUUAUGCUAUCACCAAUGCCACUAGGCUGCUUAGGAGAGAAGGACGUAAGGAUGGUGUGAAAGUGGCUUUGCUGAUGACUGAUGGCAUUGACCAUCCAAAGAAUCCAGAUGUUCAAAGUAUUUCUGAAGAUGCCAGAACUGCAGGAAUAUUAUUUAUCACCAUUGGACUUUCCACUGUAGUCAAUGAAGCCAAACUUCGUUUGAUAUCUGGGGAUUCAUCCAAUGAACCCAUUCUACUGUUAAGUGAUCCAACCCUUGUAGAUAAAAUUCAGGAUCGCCUGGAUAUCUUAUUUGAAAAGAAGUGUGAACACAAGAUCUGUGAAUGUGAGAAGGGGGAUCCAGGUGAUCCAGGGCCUCCCGGUACACAUGGAAACCCAGGUAUCAAAGGAGAGCGAGGACCAAAAGGAAACCCGGGUGAUGCUCAAAAAGGGGAACCUGGAGAAAGAGGUCCAGGGGGAAUUCCUGGGUACAAGGGUGAGAAGGGUGAAAGCGGAGAAUGUGGUAAACCAGGAAUAAAAGGUGACAAAGGAUCUGCAGGACCAUAUGGACCAAAGGGACCCAGAGGACUUCAGGGCAUUAGUGGACCUCCAGGGGAUCCAGGUCCAAAGGGAUUUCAAGGCAAUAAGGGUGAGCCAGGUCCUCCUGGUCCUUAUGGUCCUCCAGGAGCCCCUGGUACUGGACAGCAAGGAAUUAAGGGGGAAAGGGGACAGGAAGGAAGAACAGGGGCUCCAGGACCAAUUGGAAUUGGUGAGCCAGGCCAACCAGGACCCCGUGGUCCUGAGGGAGCACCAGGAGAGAGGGGCUUACCAGGAGAAGGAUUUCCAGGACCAAAGGGUGAAAAAGGUUCUGAAGGACCAGUUGGACCACAAGGAUUACAAGGCUUGUCAAUCAAAGGGGACAAGGGAGAUUUGGGACCUGUGGGACCUCAAGGAGCAAUGGGCAUCCCUGGAAUUGGGAGUCAAGGGGAACAGGGGAUCCAAGGUCCUAUUGGCCCACCUGGUCCACAAGGGCCCCCAGGACAAGGCUCACCUGGCUCCAAGGGAGAAGUAGGCCAGAUAGGACCUACAGGUCCUAGAGGACCAGUAGGAAUUGGAGUACAAGGCACAAAGGGGGACCCAGGCUCAGUAGGGCUCCCAGGACAGCCAGGAGUACCAGGAGAAGAUGGAGCUACAGGGAAGAAGGGAGAAGCCGGGCUUCCAGGAACAAGAGGCCCAGAAGGACUGCCUGGAAAAGGACACCCUGGCCCCAAGGGUGAUGAAGGAAAGAAAGGGAGCAAAGGAAAUCAAGGACAGAGGGGAUUUCCAGGACCUGAAGGGCCAAAGGGUGAUCCGGGGAUUAUGGGUCCUUUUGGAAUGCCUGGAGCAUCAGUUCCUGGCCCACCUGGGCCAAAGGGAGUUAGAGGAGGACCUGGAUUGCCUGGAUUUAAAGGAGAACCUGGAAUUGCUAUUCGAGGACCAAAGGGUGUCCAAGGCCCUCGGGGACCAGCGGGAGCCCCAGGACUCAAAGGCGACGGCUAUCCUGGUGUGCCCGGCCCUCGGGGAUUACCAGGACCCCCUGGACCGAUGGGUUUACGUGGAGUGGGGGACACUGGAGCAAAGGGAGAGCCCGGCGUCAGAGGCCCUCCAGGCCCCUCGGGGCCCCGGGGCAUAGGAACCCAAGGGCCAAAGGGUGCUAUCGGACAGAAAGGCUUGCCUGGCCCUCCUGGCCCCCCUGGCUAUGGAUUACAAGGAAUUAAAGGGGAGCAAGGACCUCAAGGCUUCCCAGGGCCAAAGGGCAUGACAGGCCAUGGCCUCCCGGGCCAGAAGGGGGAGUAUGGAGAACGGGGUGACGUGGGGAAGAAAGGUGAUAAAGGGGAAACAGGAGAGCCCGGAUCUCCAGGAGAACAGGGGUCACAAGGACUGAAAGGCGACCAAGGACUCACGAAAGAAGAAAUUGUCAAACUUAUUUUUGAAAUAUGUGGUUGUGGGCCCAAAUGCAAAGAGACUCCGCUAGAGCUGCUGUUUGUGAUUGACAGCUCAGAAAGUGUGGGACCAGAGAACUUCCAGAUCAUCAAAAAUUUCGUGAAGACUCUGACGGACCAGGUUGCUGCGGACCUCGCCACAGCCCGCGUGGGCAUAAUCAACUAUAGCCAUGAGGUAGAGAAGGUGGCCCAUCUGAUGCAGUUCUCCAACAAGGAUGACUUCAAGCUGGCUGUUGACAACAUGCAGUAUCUGGGGGAAGGCACGUACACAGCCACGGCUCUGCAUGCAGCCAACCACAUGUUUGAAGCCGCAAGGCCAGGUGUUAAGAAAGUGGCCUUGGUCAUCACUGAUGGGCAGACAGACACCCGAGAUGAAAAGAAUCUGACAGAGGUGGUGAAGCACGCCAGUGACACCAAUGUGGAAAUCUUUGUGAUUGGUGUGGUGAAGAAAGAUGACCCCAACUUCGAAAUGUUCCACAGAGAAAUGAAUCUAAUUGCCACCGACCCAGACAGUGAGCAUGUUUAUCAAUUUGAUGACUUCAUUACCUUGCAAGAUACCCUGAAAAAAAAAUUGUUUAAAAAAUAUUGUGAGGAUUUUGAUUCCUACCUCAUUCAAGUUUUGGGUUCACCACCGCUUCAGCCUGGAUUUGGGAUCUCAGGGGAAAAACCCAGGGAAUCCACUCCACAGCCUCAGGAAGAAAUUUCUGAGUCUGUCACAGUGCCAGGAGUCCAGAACAAAGAGAACGAGGCCCCUGAGCCUACCUGGGCUGAUAGCCUGGCCACCACCCCUUCAUCUGAGGUGGCUGCCAUCCAGUGGGCAUUGCCCAGCCCUGCAGAGGAUGGGACAGAAGGUCUGGAAGCCAGAACUCCAAGUCCCGUUUUGAACUUGCAGCCGGGAAAGGUGGUGCACAGAGAUCCUAGAUGUUUGGAAGCCCUAAUGCCAGGAAAUUGUGGUGAAUAUGUGGUUCGAUGGUAUUAUGACAAGCAGGUCAACUCCUGUGCCCGCUUUUGGUUCAGUGGCUGUAACGGCUCAGGAAAUAGAUUCAACAGUGAAAAGGAAUGUCAAGAAAUAUGCAUUCAAGGAUGACCUGUGACCCUCAUUCAAGUUCAGCAGUACCAAAAGGGCAAUCAAGGAAGAAGGGUGCUGGGAGAACAGCCAUCUUAAAAAAGAAUAAUUUUGUGCAGUUUAAGUAAAUUCGUAUUAUCUAAUAUCUGGUUUUACAAACGAAUAUAUGCAAUACACUUGGAAUUUGAAAAACAUGAUAAAAGUUGAAUGCCAGUGAACACAUCACACAGAGAAUUAAUCAAACAUAAUCAGUUCUACUGAAGGUUCCUGUGUGCCCUGCACCAUCUUAGCUCCCUGUUCCCUGCCGGGGAUAUCCCAUUUGAAUUUUGUGUUUACCACUUCAAUUUGCUAUUUUGCUACUCAAUUCAGGUUGGCAGAAUUUUAAUCCGGGUUUGUGCUGACAUUCAUGUAAUAUCACAUGUAUUUCUAUGUAUCUCUAAACAAUACAUCAUCGUUAGAGCUUCAUAAAAAUGGUAUCAUACUCCAGUCUUCUGCAGUUUAUUAUUUUUUGUUACACAUUCAAUCUUAUAAUUUUCACUCAAUACUAUAGUUAAUUCAUAUGUUCUACCAUGUCUAAAUGCAUUCCUAAAUAUUUAUUUAUUUAGGUUUUUUUCUUGAGCUUUAGAAAAUUUGUUUCAUAAUAUGUAUUUCUUUGAACUUGAUAUAUUACAUUAUAAUUCAUACAUAUUCAUUUACUUUCAUAGUUGUAUAAUAUUUGUGUGAGUAUAUCACACCAUAUUUAACCAGUGCUUGGCUAUGAUCAAUUAGAUUGUUUCUAUUUAAUUGUUUUCACUAUCCAUCAGUGUUUCUAUGAGUGUCAUAUGCACAGCUUCGGGUGUGUGCACCAGUAUUCUUCUAGGAUGUAUACUGUACUGUAGCAUAUUAAUAAAUAGUGUAUCAUACCAAUUUUUCCCCAAGAGUUUCAACCAAUUCAUUCUAAAUCCCCACCAGUGUGUAUAAGAGCUCCUAUUGCUUGAUAUUCUUGUCAACACUUAGUAUUGUCAGACCUCUUCAUUUGGCCAAUAGUAGGUGUAAAACAAUAUCUUGCUCUCAUUUGCCUUUCUCUGGUGACAUCUUAUCAUAUUUAUUUACCAUUGUGCUGCAGCUUUAGUAAAAUGUCUGUUUAUACUUCAGAAAGAUUUUUCCGUUGGGUCAUUUGUCUUUUCCUUAUUGAAUUUCAGAAGUUCCUUAUUGUGAUGUAUUCUUUCAUAUGCAACAACUGUAAUAGUAUUAUACAUAGCAGUAAUAGUAGUAUAACUCCAAUCAGGUUCCUGGACCCAAUUCCAAUGUGUGUAAGCAUAAGGGUCAGGGGUUUUUUCCACACAUAACACUAAGCAUUUCUCAAACACUAACAGGGUAUCUGAGAACUCAAUUCUGAUGCUAUCUGCCCAGAGACAGUCCCAGAUUCCCCAGGUUAAGAGCUCUAUCCUAAAGACUGCCAUCCACCACACCCCCCAACACCCACACCCCUGAACUCCAGAUGCCAGUCACAAGCCCCAGGCAGUUUACCUGUGCUUCUGAGCUACCAACUAUAGAUUGGAGGUUCCCACGACCUCCCCCUUAGAUUCAAUUUGCUAGAGCAGAUCACAGAACUCAGGAAAACACUUAGGCUUACCAG